AUGCUGCCGACUCUUACCGCAGCUGCAUCGCUGCUAGUGGUGCUUAGCACACACUCAACAGGUGUGCUGGCCCAGGAUGCCGAGGGCUGGUACAAGGCCCAUCCAGGCAUGUCGCGCAUCAGCCGGGUGAACCAAGCCACGCAUCAAAUUGUCGAUGUAUUCAACCGUACGCGGUUCUUCCAUGGGACCAAUGUCGUGAUGAAAGAGCCCCCGUGGUAUCGGCCGAUGGAAUGGGUGCCCGGUGUGUCAUCGUUUGGCGAGCAAGAUGUCCAGAAUCUGCACGACCUAGGUCUGAACAUUGUUCGGUUAGGCCACAGCUGGGCCGGUGCAGAGCCUGUGCGUGGCCAGUACAACCAGACAUUUCUAGACAUCAUGAAGGAGCAGACAAAACUGGCGGAGGACCAUGGCCUCUAUGUUCUGGUGGACGUGCACCAAGACGUCCUGGCGCGGCAGUUUUGCGGUCACGGCGUACCUGACUGGUUUGUUCAGCAGGACUGGGUACCAAGUUGGAAGAGGUAUCCCUUUCCUCUCAAGCUGACGCCGUUCGAUGUGGAUGAUGAUGGGUUCCCAUCGCCGGAGUCGCUUUGCAACACCGUCGAUUGGUCUCUAAGCUACACCUCGGUGGCGGUGUGCAAUGCAUUUGGGCGGCUAUACAACAACAAUGACGGGCUGGGCGAUGCGUUUGCGGCGUACUGGAAAAAGCUGGCGUCCGAGUAUGUCAGGACGCCCAACGUGGUCGGAUAUAACCUGCUGAAUGAGCCGUGGGUGGGCGACUCGGUGGCCGAUCCGACUCUGCUAGUGCCAGGCGUUGCUGACCACAAGGUCCUAGAAGGGCUCUGGAACCGUUCAGCCAAGCAGAUCCGUACCGUGGACAAUGACACGCUCAUUUGGUUCGAAGGCGCCACUCUUGAUAUCUUGUCGGGUUUCAACAACGUCCCUCUUGGAGACGGCUCGAAGUCGGUACAUUCAUUCCAUUACUACAGUCCGCCGCAGCUGGGGUCCAUUUCUACCACAUUAGGCAACCGCCGCAAGGACAGCGAGCGCCUGAAGACUGCCGGUGUGCUGACGGAGCUCACGUUCUGGAUGGGCGACGAUAAGCAGAUGCAAAACCUCGCUGAUGCCAUGUCGGCGACCGACGCAAGCAUGGUGUCCUGGAUCGGCUGGGCGUACGAGAACCUGUACAAUGGCACAUCUGGUCAGCCAUACCCUGAACUGGCAAAGCACUACAGCCGUGCAUACCCUGCCGCGGUCGCUGGCACUCCCACGAGCUUCAGCUUUGAUGAGAGCUCGGCCACCUUCAAGCUGCAGUUCACGUCGGAUCCAAGUAUCCAAGCGCCUACUGAAAUUAUUCUGCCCACCUCCACGUUCCCCAACGGCUAUGAAGUCCAGGUGUCGCCUGAAGGCAGCUUGCUGCAGUAUGUACCGGACAAGCGGACCUUGGCGCUGUUCACAUCUGCUGGCAAUAAGACCGCCAUCGACAUAUCUGUCACAAUUUCUCCUAAAUAA